AUUUAUUAAAUCAAAAGUCAAUUCAAUUGUAUUUUCAAUUAAUAUAAUAUAAAAUAAUAUUUAAAUGUUUGACUAAUUGAGUGAAUAUUAUAUAAACUAAAAAAUCAAAACAAAUGAGUUAUAAUUGGUUUAGCAAUCAAUUAACGCAUCGAUUAGUGAAUAAGCCGUCAAAAGAUGUGUCAGAUUAUCAAUUAUUGCAUGAUUUUUGCGACCAAAACAAUAAACAGGUGUCUGAAAGCCGACGCAUUCCGUGGAGAGCCAUAUGUUUGGCACUGUUUUUGUUGGUCUUCGGGACCGCUAUUAUAGUGAUAUCAAUAUUAAUAUAUCUCAGAGUUAUUGUCAACAUUAAACCCAAUGAUGGACUUCUUGUAUUGGUAUUACUCGGUGUCAUAAUGUUUAUUCCUGGCUUUUAUCACAUCCGUAUUGCAUACUAUGCUUACCAUCGAUGCUAUGGAUAUUCCUUUGAUGACAUCCCAGACUUUGAUUAAUUAAUUUAUGCAUCAAUUUAG